AUCUUUUUACCCGAGCCUAAUACCCAUAUAAAAACGCAACACUAUGUCUGUAUCUGAAACUAACACACCAGCUUCCACCUCCACUUCCGCUAGAGCAACUGGAAAUGAGACGGACUUGGAGCUUAGUGGGAAGAUUUUCGAAAUUUUAGAAAAGGAGGAGAUUAACGGCCGUGACUUCCUCAAGGUGACCGAAGAAAAGCUUCGAAGUGUUGGUUUAGGUUUGGGACCUGCGACAAGCUUGCGAAUUUCGCCAAGGAGUGUGGGCAGAAAAAGUUGCGGUCCUUUUCCUCGUACCUUGUAUGUUGUGGCACUCCUUCAUUCAGUCAUUCAUAUCAUUAUGGAUGAAACGAACAAGGAUCUUAGCAUGCGUCCUCAAUAUGGGAUAGUUGGUGAGGAAAGCCGGGGUCGGGUUGAUUACGCAAUAAAGGAAGCUGAAGAACUUAUCAACAUCACGGAGGAUAAACAGCAUAAGGUUCCUCGCUCAGAAUAUCAAACAGCCUAAGUGCGCAUGCGAGACGAAUAAGAGGAAGAGAAAGCAGGGCGAUGAUGGUUUCGAUUACCUUUAUAGUAUCGUUGGGACUGGCAUUAAAAAUUUUGGGAAAAGUUUCAUUUUAUAUGGUACCACACUUAGUUGACUAAUAUACCGGCAAAUAUCACGUGAUCGAGAAACUUGCGUAACAUUAUUGCGCCGUGAUCAUCAUCCUUAAAUAACAUCAUUUCAUCAUUUUAAUUGAUCAGUGAAUCAUGUAUAAAGUAACUUACAAACUUUUAAAUUUUUUCUUUUUUUUCAAAAUUAAAACAAUCUAC